AUGCCAGGCUACAAAGCCACUUCUUUGCUGGAAGGCUCAGAGGCUCAGGGCUCAGCCAUAGGAAGGAAGCGAGAGGCCAUCCUGAAGGUGCUGGAGAACCUGACCCCGGAGGAGCUCAAGAAAAAAUAAAAGAAAGAAAAAUUCAAGAUGAAACUGGGGACUGUGCCACUGCGCGAGGGCUUUGAGCGUAUCCCGCGGGGCGCACUCGGGCAGCUAGACAUCGUGGACCUCACCGACCAGCUGGUCGCCUCCUACUACGAGGACUACGCAGUCGAGUUCGUCGUGGCCGUGCUGCUCGACAUGGGCAUGCUGGAGGAGGCGGCACAGCUGCCGCGGGCCGCGCGAGGGCCACUCUGAGCUGGUACGUGAUCUAGGGACCCAACCCCGCUUCCUCGCCAAGGACCCAGGCGUCGGGUCCCGC